CUAGCCACCCCCUUGCUGCUUCCCCGCAGGACGACCUACGAGCCCGAAGGCCCCCGGCCCAGCCAUGGCUCCCUGGCGCAAAACUGACAAGGAGCGGCACGGUGUGGCCAUAUACAACUUCCACGGGAUCGGAGCCCGCCAGCUCUCCCUGCAGGUUGGCGAUGUGGUACGAAUACAGGAGACCUGCGGAGACUGGUAUAAGGGAUACCUCCUGAAGCACAAACUGUUACAGGGUAUUUUUCCUAAGUCCUUUAUCCACAUCAAGGAAGUGACAAUCGAGAAAAAAAGAAAUAUUGAGAACAUCAUUCCUGCAGAAAUCCCUCUGGCACAAGAAGUGACAACGACCCUGUGGGAAUGGGGCAGCAUCUGGAAACAGCUCUACGUGGCCAGCAAGAAGGAGCGCUUCCUCCAGGUGCAGUCCAUGAUGUACGACCUGAUGGAGUGGCGGUCCCAGCUCCUCUCAGGAACUCUGCCCAAGGACGAGCUGAAGGAGCUGAAGCAGAAAGUCACAUCCAAAAUCGACUACGGCAACAAAAUCCUUGAGCUCGAUCUAAUUGUCAGAGAUGAAGAUGGAAAUAUCUUGGACCCUGAUAACACCAGCGUCAUCAGCUUGUUCCACGCCCAUGAGGAAGCAACAGAUAAAAUCACAGAGCGUAUCAAGGAAGAAAUGUCCAAAGACCAGCCAGAUUAUGGAAUGUAUUCCCGGAUCUCCUCAUCCCCUACCCACAGCCUCUAUGUCUUUGUGAGAAACUUUGUGUGCAGAAUUGGGGAAGACGCUGAGCUCUUCAUGUCUCUGUAUGACCCCAACAAGCAGAUGGUCAUCAGUGAGAACUACCUGGUGCGAUGGGGCAGCAGGGGCUUCCCGAAGGAGAUUGAGAUGCUCAACAACCUGAAGGUCGUCUUCACGGAUCUCGGAAACAAAGACCUCAACAGGGAUAAAAUUUACUUGAUUUGUCAAAUAAUCCGAGUCGGGAAGAUGGAUCUUAAGGAUACUAAUACCAAGAAGUGCACGCAGGGGCUGAGGCGGCCCUUCGGGGUAGCAGGUAAUGACACUACACGCCAUUCAUUCCAUUGUAUCUACAUCACUCUCCUGCAAGGCGACUUUGACAAAUACAACAAGACCACGCAGAGGAACGUGGAAGUGAUCAUGUGCGUGUGCGCGGAGGAUGGCAAGACGCUGCCUAAUGCAAUUUGCGUGGGAGCAGGGGACAAGCCCAUGAAUGAAUAUCGGUCUGUCGUAUACUAUCAAGUCAAACAGCCACGGUGGAUGGAAACAGUCAAGGUGGCUGUCCCUAUUGAAGACAUGCAGAGGAUCCACCUGCGAUUCAUGUUUCGACAUCGGUCAUCCCUGGAAUCCAAAGAUAAAGGAGAGAAGAACUUCGCCAUGUCCUAUGUGAAGCUGAUGAAGGAGGACGGGACCACUCUGCACGACGGAUGCCAUGACUUGGUUGUCCUAAAGGGGGACAGCAAGAAGAUGGAGGACGCCAGUGCUUACCUGACUCUCCCUUCUUAUCGACACCAUGUGGAGAACAAGGGCUCCACCCUGAGUCGCAGCUCCAGCAGUGUCGGGGGGCUCUCGGUCAGCUCCCGGGACGUGUUCUCCAUUUCCACCCUGGUGUGCUCCACAAAGCUCACGCAGAACGUGGGUCUGCUGGGCUUGUUGAAGUGGCGUAUGAAGCCUCAACUGCUGCAGGAGAACUUAGAGAAAUUGAAGAUUGUGGAUGGAGAGGAAGUGGUGAAGUUUCUCCAGGAUACUCUGGAUGCCCUCUUCAACAUCAUGAUGGAACAUUCUCAAAGUAAUGAGUAUGACAUCCUCGUCUUCGAUGCUCUGAUCUACAUAAUAGGACUCAUUGCCGACCGAAAAUUCCAGCAUUUCAACACUGUUCUGGAGGCUUACAUUCAACAGCAUUUCAGUGCUACCUUAGCUUACAAGAAAUUGAUGACAGUGCUGAAGACUUACUUAGAUACCUCCAGCAGAGGGGAGCAGUGUGAGCCGAUCCUAAGAACUCUGAAAGCUUUGGAAUAUGUGUUCAAGUUCAUUGUUCGGUCAAGGACAUUAUUUUCACAGCUGUAUGAAGGCAAAGAACAGAUGGAGUUUGAAGAAUCCAUGAGACGGCUCUUUGAAUCCAUCAACAACCUGAUGAAAAGUCAGUAUAAAACCACCAUCCUUUUGCAGGUGGCGGCUUUGAAAUACAUCCCAUCUGUCCUCCAUGAUGUGGAAACGGUCUUUGAUGCGAAGUUACUCAGCCAACUGCUGUAUGAGUUCUACACCUGCAUCCCCCCCGUGAAACUCCAGAAGCAGAAAGUCCAGUCCAUGAAUGAGAUCGUCCAAAGCAACCUCUUCAAAAAGCAAGAAUGCCGGGACAUCCUGCUUCCUGUCAUCACCAAAGAGCUGAAGGAGCUGCUGGAGCAGAAGGAGGAGAUGCCGCACCAGGUGCAGGAGAAAAAGUUCUGUGUCGAGUUGCUCAACAGCAUCUUGGAGGUGCUCAGCUCUCAGGACGAGGCCUUCACCUACCACCACACCCAAGAAAUCAUGGUCCAGCUGCUUCGCACGGUGAACCGGACAGUCAUCACGAUGGGGCGGGAUCACGUUCUGAUUAGUCACUUUGUGGCAUGUAUGACAGCCAUCUUGAACCAGAUGGGCGACCAGCACUACUCCUUCUAUAUUGAGACCUUUCAGACCAGCUCUGAACUUGUGGACUUCUUGAUGGAGACAUUCAUCAUGUUCAAGGACCUCAUUGGGAAAAAUGUGUAUCCAGGAGACUGGAUGGCCAUGAGCAUGGUUCAGAACAGGGUCUUCCUGAGAGCUAUCAACAAGUUUGCAGAAAUCAUGAACCAGAAGUUCCUGGAACACACGAACUUUGAGUUCCAGGGUUUUCCCGAGCUGGAAUGUGCCAAGGUGCUGGCUGGAGGAAUUCUCCUGGCCUGGAGGAAGCUGUGGCCGGGCUUGUUCUGGACGAUGAGGAGAGAACUGUCUGCCUGUCUGAGAGCAGCGCCGGGAGGGAGCAGAGGGCUGCCUUCCUCUUCCCUUUUCGAACUGAGCCAGAACAAAAUCUGCUUCAUCCCGGGCAUGGUGGGACCUAUAUUAGAGAUGACACUUAUCCCUGAGGCUGAGCUCCGCAAAGCCACCAUACCAAUCUUCUUUGACAUGAUGCUGUGUGAAUAUCAAAAGAGUGGGGAUUUCAAAAAGUUUGAAAACGAAAUCAUCCUCAAGCUGGACCACGAGGUGGAAGGGGGCCGAGGGGAUGAACAGUACAUGCAGCUGCUGGAGUCCAUCCUGAUGGCGUGUGCUGCUGCGCACCCAACCAUUUCCAAGUGUGUGGAGAACUUCGUGAACCUGGUCAAAGGCCUCCUGGAGAAGCUGCUGGACUACCGGGGCGUGAUGACGGACGAGAGCAAAGACAACCGCAUGAGCUGCACCGUGAACCUGCUGAAUUUCUACAAAGAUAACAACCGGGAAGAGAUGUACAUAAGGUACCUGUACAAACUGCGCGAUCUUCACCUGGACUGUGACAAUUACACGGAGGCCGCCUACACGCUUCUUCUCCACACCUGGCUUCUCAAGUGGUCAGAUGAGCAGUGCGCCUCACAGGUCAUGCAGACAGGCCAGCAGUACCCGCAGACCCACCGGCAGCUGAAGGAGACACUCUAUGAAAUCAUCAUAGAAUACUUUGACAAAGGAAAGAUGUGGGAGGAAGCCAUCAGCCUGUGCAAGGAGCUGGCGGAACAGUACGAGACGGAGAUCUUUGACUACGAGCUGCUCAGCCGGAACCUGAUGCAGCAGGCAAAAUUCUAUGAAAACAUCAUGAAAAUCCUCAGGCCUAAGCCAGACUACUUUGCUGUGGGGUACUACGGCCAGGGAUUCCCCUCCUUUCUGCGGAACAAAGUGUUCAUCUACCGAGGGAAGGAGUACGAGCGAAGAGAAGACUUCCAGAUGCAGCUGAUGAGCCAGUUCCCCAAUGCGGAGAAGAUGAACACCACCUCUCCCCCUGGGGAUGACGUGAAGAACGCCCCAGGCCAGUACAUCCAGUGCUUCACCGUCCAGCCUGUCUUGGAUGAACACCCCAGGUUCAAGAAUAAGCCAGUGCCUGACCAGAUCAUAAACUUUUAUAAAUCCAACUACGUGCAAAAGUUCCACUACUCGCGGCCGGUGCGCAGGGGGACUGUCGACCCUGAGAAUGAGUUUGCCUCGAUGUGGAUCGAGAGAACCUCCUUCAUGACUGCCUACAAGCUUCCGGGGAUCCUGCGGUGGUUCGAGGUGGUGCACAUGUCCCAGACCACAAUUAGCCCUCUGGAGAACGCCAUUGAGACCAUGUCCACAGCCAAUGAGAAGAUCCUGAUGAUGAUAAACCAGUACCAGAGUGACGAAAGCCUCCCCAUUAACCCGCUCUCCAUGCUCCUGAACGGGAUCGUGGACCCUGCUGUAAUGGGGGGUUUCGCCAAGUACGAGAAGGCCUUCUUCACUGAAGAAUACACCAGGGACCACCCUGAGGACCAGGACAAACUGAGCCGCCUCAAGGACCUGAUAGCGUGGCAGAUCCCCUUCCUGGGAGCUGGGAUUAAGAUCCACGAGAAAAGGGUGUCAGAAAACCUGCGGCCCUUCCACGACCGGAUGGAAGAAUGUUUCAAGAACCUGAAAGUGAAGGUGGAGAAGGAGUAUGGUGUCAGAGAGAUGCCCGACUUCGAGGACAGAAGAAUGGGGCGCCCCCGCUCGAUGCUGCGCUCCUACAGGCAGAUGUCCAUCAUCUCCAUGGCUUCCAUGAACUCGGACUGCAGCACCCCCACCAAGCCCACCUCUGAGAGCUUUGACCUGGAAUUAGCACCCCCCAAGACCCCGAAAGCGGAGCAGGAGGAGCCCAUCUCCCCGGGGAGCACUCUGCCGGAGGUUAAGCUCAGGAGGUCCAAGAAGAGAGCCAAGAGGAGCAGCGUGGUGUUUGCAGAUGAGAAGGCAGCGGCCGAGUCGGACCUGAAGCGGCUUUCCAGGAAGCAUGAGUUCAUGAGUGACACCAACCUCUCGGAGCAUGCGGCCAUCCCCCCCAGGGUGUCCAUUCUCUCUCAAAUGAGUUUUGCCAGCCAGUCCAUGCCCACCAUCCCAGCCCUUACGCUCUCGGUGGCAGGUAUGUCUGGGACAGACGACACCAACCCUUCCCCCCGCCUCAGCCAGACCUUCCUCGCCCUCUCAGACGGUGACAAGAAGACCCUCAAACGGAAGAAAGUCAAUCAGUUCUUCAAGACAAUGCUGGCCAGCAAAUCUGCCGAAGAGGGCAAACAGAUCCCCGACCUACCAUCCUCUGACCUAUGAGACGUCGCUGACCAGGGCUGUGUGUGGGGAGCCAGUGAGAGGAACUUCCAGAAGAGGGACAGUGGGACAUUGAAGCCUGAAAGGGCUGCCUUCACUCAGACAGAGAAAGCGGCCUCAUCUGGGCCCCACAACGUCAGUGGUAACAGGCCAGCAUCUCCGGGAGCAGAGACCCAGGUGGCGGGUGAGGACCCCCCACCCCGAUUCUUGGCCGCACGGGGGAACCAGCGUGGGUGCUUCCUCCAUCAUGCUCUCCCCAGCAUCCUGGGCAUAUCUCUUUAUAACCCAGUUUCUUAGGUAUAAGGAGCUGUAUUUUUAUUACCUAGCCCUUAAUAGAAAAGCCUUUUAAAUACUCUUUUAUUUUAUUUUUGGUUAACAGUUUUGUAGUUGAUAUUUUUUUAAUACAAACAACCAAUCUUUUUUCUAGCUGAUCAUCUCCAAAGUGUUACUAUUUCUUACUGACAAUAAAAAAUGG